GGUGACGUCUCCUUUUAUUCAUCUCUAAAUAAGUGUGAAUCCAAGGCUGGUAAAGUGUUGCGACUACAGCUACUGGCAUCUGAAAAAACAAAUUAUAGUUAUAAUGUAGAUAUCAAAAGAGAUGUUUGCAAAAUACUACUGGAUAUUGCCCUUGUGCUCUUAUCCAGAUAAAAUAUUAUUUAUUAGCAAUUUAAAAAGCACAUCAUUGGGCUGGAUCUGGUUAAUACCUGUUUAAUCAAUUAUAAUCUUAACAUGUUAUUUUUCUUGUGUAAUUUCAGUCGGUAGGAGAUUGACCACACUGAAGGGAAAUAACAAUUAAAUAUAAAAGCUGACCGAAAGAUUAAUUCAGUAAAUGUAUACAUUUCAUGUAUGACUGAAUUGGUAGCUAGAUGAGGAUAGCUAGACUAUUGGAUGAUUUGAAAAGAAUCAUAAAAUGAUUCAAUAGAUAAAAUGUAAAAUUAAAGCCAUUACAAUUUGUAAUAAAAGACAGCUGUAUAUACAACUCAUCUACAAAAAAGGUUAACAUUCACAUUCAAAUAUAUUGCAUAUAUGAUAUAAACAAUUAGUUGGAAUUCAGUACUGGAAUCAAAUUCAGCAUGGAUAACACUACAAUGAAUGUAUUCAAUGUCACUGCAAUUGCAACAAUGGAAAUCUCAAAUGAAACAAUGUUACAAUGGAGGAAGGAAGAUGAUGGAAUCAUUAAGGCUAGAACUCAAUUCUUAAUAUCUAUAGUGUUGUGCAUGAUAGCACUGAUUAUCAAUAUACUGUGUAUCUUUGCUACACUUCAUAUACCAAACAAACUUGUUUGCUCUUACAAGCUUUUUCUAAGUCUUACCGUUGCGAACAUUAUUGGAGCCUUUUCUCACAGCAUGUCAGCGACAAAUCUGUACUUAUUUCACCAAUAUGGAUAUGGCGGCUGGAAUGACCGUAACUUAACAAUCCUCUACGACUUUGCUCACAUCGUCUACCUAACUGCCGUGGCUGCCUCAGAGUUUUCCAUCCUUGGGCUAGCUGGAAUUCGCUACAUUGCAAUAGUGCAUCCAUUUAGACAUGAUGAGUUGACACGGGAUCGGUAUCUGUAUGCCUGGCUUAUGAUCAUCUGGGUAUUCAGCAUCUUUGUUGGACUGUUGGUAUGUAUAUAUAUGGUAAAUGAUGAUGCGUACGUAAUCAUAGUGCACUACAUCUGGCCGGCUUUGUUUAUACUCAUUUUCUUAUUCAUUAUCGUUCUGUAUUUACGAGUAUAUUGGGAAACACGAAGAAUCCGAAAUAAUCUUGGAUAUGACAUCGGCGAACUAUUGCAUAACUAUUCCGCAUUUAUCACGACCAUGAUGCUUACAAUGACACUAGUCCUUUGUGCAAUACCUUACUGGAUAAUUGAACUAUUGAAGAAGACACAUCCAAAUGAUCAAGCAAUUUGGACUGUAUCACAGAACUAUUGUCAAUACCUUCCAGUUAUUAACUUUAUAAUCGAUCCAAUCAUAUUUGCAUCACGUACAAAAGAUAUCAAAGUUGGUUUUCGUCAGCUAAGGAAAAAACUGAUCAAUUUGUGUAACGGUUAUAAGGGCUAUACAAAUUAUAACAGGCACCAACAAAGUAUGUGUUUGACGACAACUAAAAUAGAAAGUGUCAUGUAAAAUAAAGAGCUUGAUUGUGAAAAAAAGUCAAAUUCUGCAAGAACUUUCUUAAAUCUAAUCUAAUGGAAUCAAGAAUAGUCUUGAAUAGGUAUAUAGCAAACAGGUGUAUAAUUAAGUAGGGGUAAUGCACUUGGAGGUUUUGGAUAUUUAGAAUAUCAUGAGGGAUAAACAAUAUAUAUCCCAUUGUAGGGAGAUAUAUUGGAGUGAGAUAUAUGAAAUGUAUUUACCUGGAUAUGGAAUAUAUUUCCAGUUAAUAUGUCCCUGAAACCUCAUUAGGUGUGUGGAAUGCAAAUUGUAAAUAUUAUGAUAAACUAGAUCUGUAUAUUGAAAUCUAAGUGUACUAGCCCUCUCGAAUCAAUGGGGACAAUUAUACAUAAUGAAUUAAAUUGUGCCAAUGAAAAAAUAGGAAUUGUAUAUAAAAUGUGAUUCAAUAUAGUAGUGUUCAUAGAUUUUUAGCCUUUGGUUCUCUACCUUAGUACCAAGGUUUAUGGCAAUACAUGUUUGGGUGUGGCUGUAAUAUAGACUUGAUAUAAGAUUAGUUGUUAUAUGUGUCAAUGAAUGCUUUUAAAGUGUAAAAAUAAAAAUAGAAUAAUAAUAUGAAGCAAUAACAGUUGUAAAUAAAUGCUUUCAGGUGUACAUGUAUAUCAAACAAUCAAUUAUUUUCUUAAAUAUAUUGGCAUUUUUACUGUUAUAACAUAAAAUAUCAGAUAUCUGCUAUCCAUAAAGGCCCCAUGAGAUCAAAUCUUUCUGCUUCAAAAUUUUUAUGUGAAUUGGAGACAUGUGAGGUCCUUGUGUUUAUUCAUUUAUAUUGGUCUCAAUUCAAAAGGGAAAUUUAGUAACUACCCAUUGUAAGCAUUUACACACAAAAAAUCCCCCUAUGUUUCUAUGUAUGCAACUUACCACCUAAUCAGGAAUAUACACAAUUUGUGUCACCCACUCAUUGUUAUUUUUCAAUGCAUAGCUUUUUGAAUGAAUAAAUAAAUAAUUUCAGAAAAGUGAUAUUCUCGGUUUGAAGAACGAAGUUCAUCACUCUUAUUUAUUAUUACUCCUGCUUUGGACAAAUAUAUUUUUUUUACAUAACAUAAAUUUGAAUGUCUUCUUUUGAAUAUUCAUAAUUUAAUUUGGGUGAUACUUCUAUAUUUUUCAUAAAAAUGAUUAUUAGUCCAGGAGACUGAGACCUGGCGUUUAACAUUUACUUCAUUAUAAGAGUACUUUUGCCAUUAAUAAAUAAAUGAAACCUAAUUAAUAUGCCAAUGUAAUUUUAUGUAUUUUUAUUAUCCCUCAUACCAUACAGAUCAUGUCAGAUGUCAGUAUACAUGAAUGGGUACAACUAGCAAAUAUUCAUAUAUAAAAGAGAAAGUGUGAAAGUGACUUAAGUCCACAUAUAUUGUGUAAUAUGUGUUAAAUUACUCUUGUUAUUAUAGUUAAUAAAAGGUGUACUGCUUUAUGAGAUUUGUCUGUUAAAUAACGAGAUGUAUGUGAUAUAUAAGACCAUAAUAACUAGACAAUAAAUGUGUUAAACCCA